AUGGGUGGUUGUAACUCCACGGUUGUGGGUUCGUUUCCCAUGGUGGGACAGUAUGAACUCACUACUAUGGGCUUCAUUCAACUCGAUGGAGACUUCCUCUACAUCGAGCCUGUCAAUAGAACGCUGGCCGUCACGGGACAGGCCCACCGCUUGUACAGGAGGAAGCGCUCCACCGCCGAGGAGAGACAGACAGACAAGCAGACGACAGACAAGCAGACGACAGACAAACAGACAAGCAGCAACUAUUGUGGAGUCAUUCCAGAAAGACAGAAGAGUAAGAACAGGAAGCCGUCUGAGGGGGGCAGAGGGAAACGGUUCUUGUAUAAACUACUCCACGAGUACAACGUGGAGACUGUGGUGGUGGCCGACCCAGCAAUGGUCAGCUACCACGGCUCAGAGGCAGCCAAACGAUUCAUCCUCACCAUCAUGAAUAUGGUUUUCAACUUGUUUCAGCACAAGAGCCUGGGAAUACAGAUUAAUAUCAGAUUGACUAAACUUGUGCUGCUUCACGAAACACCAUCAGACAUGUACAUUGGUCACCAUGGUGAGAAGAUGCUGGAGAGUUUCUGUCGUUGGCAGCAGGAGGAGUAUGGGAAGAAGAGCAUGAUGUCAGACUUUAGUGCUCGGUGGAGGGAGGACCUACCCUCCGUGGACACGGCCAUUCUAAUCACACGGAAGGAUUUCUGCGUGCAUAAAGAUGAACCCUGUGACACUGUAGGCAUUGCCUACCUGAGCGGCAUGUGCAGCGAGAGAAGGAAAUGCAUCCUAGCUGAGGACAACGGCCUCAACCUGGCCUUUACCAUCGCUCACGAAAUGGGCCACAACAUGGGUGUGAGUCACGACAACGACCACCAGUCGUGUGCGGACGGCCUCCACAUCAUGUCGGGAGAAUGGGUCAAAGGUCAGAACCUGGGCGAUGUUUCCUGGUCUGGCUGUAGCCGUGACGACGUGGAGAAGUUCCUCCGGUCCAAGGCCAGUAGUUGUCUCCUCCAGACCGACCCGCUGAGCUUGAACUCAGUGAUCCUGCCAUUCAAACACCCAGGGAUGACUUACACGGCAAAUGAACAGUGUCAGAUCCUCUUCGGAACCACCGCCUCCCACUGUCAGAACAUGCAGUAUGUGAUGUGUUCAGGGCUGUGGUGCCGGGUGGAUGGAGAGAAGGACUGUAAAACCAAACUGGACCCACCCAUGGAUGGCACAGAGUGUGACCCGGGAAAGUGGUGUCGUGCUGGGGAGUGUGUGAGCAGAGCGGUGCCAGUGGAGCAAGCCAUGGGGGAGUGGAGCACCUGGGGGUCCUGGGGAACCUGCAGUCCAACCUGCAGCACUGGCAUCAGUGGACGCCAGCGCAAGUGUGAGAGUCCCAGUGGGAAAAGCUGGGACUGUGUCGGCUCCAGGAUGCAGUACAGGCUGUGUGAGAACCUACCCUGCCCUGCUGGGAGCCCCAGCUUCAGAGACCAACAAUGCCAGACCUUCAAUCGCCCCUCCCUGCACUGGCACUCCGUCAUGGAUGAUGAGAGGCCCUGUACACUGUUCUGUUCCUCCACAGGGAAAGAACAACCCCGCCUCCUGGCUGAGAAGGUGCUGGAUGGAACCUCCUGUGGCUCUCAGGGGUCUGGCCUCUGUGCCAACGGGACAUGUCAGAAAGUGGGCUGUGACAGGAUCCUGAGUUCGAUGGCAAGAGAGGACCACUGUGGGGUGUGUAAUGGCAACGGCAAGUCUUGUAAGGUCAUCAAGGGGGACUUCAACCACACCAAAGGAGCAGGCUACGUGGAAGCUGUGAUCAUCCCCAAAGGGGCCAGGAGAAUCAGAGUGAUGGAAGAAAAGCCUGCACAGAGUUAUUUGGCACUCAAAGACACAAACAAGCAUUCCAUCAACAGCGACUGGAAGAUAGACCGCCCAGGAGCCUUCAACAUGGCGGGCACCACCGUUCACUACGUCCGGAGAGGACUGUGGGAGAAAAUGUCAGCCAGAGGUCCCACUACCUCCCCGCUGCAUCUCAUGGUGCUGCUGUUCAAUGAGCAGAACCACGGCAUCCAUUACGAGUACACCAUCCCCACAGAGGCCAACAUGGAACCCCAGGGGGGGUUGGGACCGGGGGCCAUGCCCAGCGAACCCCUCUUCAUGUGGACCCACUCUGGCUGGGAGGACUGCCAUGCCGUGUGUGGAGGAGGAGAAAGAAAGACAAUCGUCACCUGCACUAACAUUGUCAACAAAACUACAAGUGUGGUGGACAACCGAAGAUGUCGUCACCUGACCAAACCUGAGCCUCAAGUCCGCAAGUGCAAUGAGCAGCCCUGCCAGACAAGGUGGAUGAUGACUGAGUGGACGUCUUGCUCUCGUACCUGUGGUAGAGGCUCUCAGAGCAGACAGGUAGCCUGCACCUUGCAGCUGGCCAACGGCACCCUGGUCAAAGCCAAGGACCGCGACUGUGCCGGCCCCAAGCCGGCCCCUAACCAGCGCUGCGAGGGCCAGGACUGUCUCACCGUGUGGGAGGCUGGCGUGUGGUCUGAGUGCUCGGUGAAGUGUGGGCGGGGGGCGCGCCAUCGGCUGGUGAAGUGCACCAACCCACGGAAGAAGUGUGACCUGUCGACCCUGCCCCGUGAGACGGAGGACUGUGAGGACUACUCCAAGUGUUACAUCUGGAGGACAGGAGACUGGGCCAAGUGCUCGGUCACCUGUGGCAAAAGCAUGCAGUCCCGGGUUAUCCAGUGCAUGCACAAGAUCACCGGGCGCCAUGGCAACGAGUGCUUCUCGUCGGAGAAGCCGGCGGCGUACCGGCCAUGUCAGCAGCAGGCGUGCAACGAGAGGAUCAACGUCAACACCAUCACCUCACCACGCCUGGCUGCCCUGACGUUUAAGUGUUUACGGGACCAGUGGCCGGUUUACUGCAAAGUCAUCCGCGAGAAGAACCUCUGCCAAGACAUGCGCUGGUAUCAACGCUGCUGUGAAACUUGCCGGGACUUUUACGCACAGAAGAUGCAGCAGAGGAGUUGACCCUCCCCUCACCCCCUCGCCCCCUCCUUCCAGGGGCGAACUUAGGUGUCAUAUCCUAUUUAUGUAUAUCAAGUGCACUUAUUCCAACACGUGGGAUGGACAGAACACACCUGUUUCAACCUAACCAGCUGUAGAUUAUAAGCACUGUAAAUGUGUGAUUAGUUUGUUGUGUUAUUGGUAUUGAGUCCAUACCAUGUCAUGUUAUUGGUAUUGAGUCCAUACCAUGUCAUGUUAUUGGUAUUGAGUCCAUACCAUGUCAUGUUAUUGGUAUUGAGUCCAUACCAUGUCAUGUUAAUGGUAUUGAGUCCAUACCAUGUCAUGUUAUUGGUAUUGAGUCCAUACCAUGUCAUGUUAUUGGUAUUGUGUCGAUACUAUGUCAUGUUAUUGGUAUUGAGUCGAUACUAUGUCAUGUUAUUGGUAUUGAGUCGAUACUAUGUCAUGUUAUUGGUAUUGAGUCAAUACUAUGGUAAUCUUAUUGGUAUUGAGUCGAUACUAUGUCAUGUUAUUGGUAUUGAGUCGAUACUAUGGUCAUGUUAUUGAGGUUGAAUCGAUACUAUGUCAUGUUAUUGGUAUUGAGUCGAUAUUAUGCUCAAGUUAUUGGUAUGUAGUCGAUACUAUGCUCAUGUUACUGGUAUUGAGUCCAUGCUAUUGCCAUCUUUUUGGUAUUGAGUCCAUACUAUGGUAAUGUUAUUGGUAUUGAGUCGAUAUUAUGCUCAUGUUACUGGUAUUGAGUCCAUGCUAUUGCCAUCUUUUUGGUAUUGAGUCGAUACUAUGGGAAUGUUAUUGGUAUUGAGUCGAUACUGUGGUAAUCUUAUUGGUAUUGAGUCGAUACUAUAGUCAUGUUAUUGAGGUUGAAGCGAUACUAUGUCAUGUUAUUGGUAUUGAGUCCAUAUUAUGUCAUGUUAUUGGUAUUGAGUCGAUACUAUGGUCAUGUUAUUGAGGUUGAAUCGAUAAUAUGUCAUGUUAUUGGUUUUGAGUCGAUAAUAUGGUCAUGUUAUUGGUAUUGAGUCAAUACUAUGGUAUGUCAUGUUAUUGGUUUUGAGUCGAUACUAUGGUCAUGUUAUUGGUAUUGAGUCAAUACUAUGGUAUGUCAUGUUAUUGGUUUUGAAUCGAUACUAUGGUCAUGUUAUUGGUAUUGAGUCAAUACUAUGGUAUGUCAUGUUAUUGGUAUUGAGUCGAUACUAUGGUCAUGUUAUUGGUAUUGAGUCAAUACUAUGGUAUGUCAUGUUAUUGGUUUUGAGUCGAUACUAUGGUCAUGUUAUUGGUAUUGAGUCAAUACUAUGGUAUGUCAUGUUAUUGGUAUUGAGUCGGUCUAAGCACAUCUCUUCUGAGGGUGUAAUUGUUGACCAGCCUUCACCUGGGAUCCGUUGAGCUGAUAUACUGUAGAUCUACAUAAGGAUCCAACUCUUUGGUGUUUUUGGAGAAGUUUUUGUUUUUAAUAAUGUUAAUUCAUGCUAAUAUUUUGUAAAUGUCUUACCAUUUUCCAUACUGUAUUUUUUCUGAUUUUAUCUUCAUUAAUAUCACAUUGAAAAUCAGGCAAAAUCCAUCAAGGUAUACCACUUGUAGUUUCCAUUAAUUUAGUUAACCCCGUAUAAUGUAACCAAUGCAAUAGUGCCAAAGGUGCAAACUACAAACUUCAUUAAGCGUACCAUCGGACCUAGGUCUACUGGUUUCCUAUCAGUUUCUUCCAAAAAAAAAACAGAAUAUCCCGCACACUGUUUAUGCUCCCAGGUACCACUGUUUAUCGGACAACAUUUCCAUCUGUAAGGAUCUUCAUCAGGUCAAAACAACCAGACAAAACGGCCCGACGAAGAUCCUUGUGGAUGGAAACGUUGUCUGAUAAAAAGGUGUUAUUUGGGAGCAUUAUAAGUGUGUUGGACUUUCUGUUUUUUUUCCUCUCAAGUUUCCUUCUUUAGCCCAGCACAAACAUUUCUAUCUAUUUCAGCAUUGGUGAACUUCAUGCUAUCUGCUUGGUAGAGCCACUGCUGAGACUUUGGCUUCCAGCCGUGAGUAAUUACAAUGACGUUCUUGUCCUUCGUCAACGUUCAGCAAAAAAUGUGUUUAGAGACACAAAUGGUACUGUAUGUUUAAUCUAUCUCAAACAGAAUUCACAAUACUGUCCAUUUAGAAGCAAUACUGAAAGCAUUACAGCUGCGAAGACUCUUACGUUUGAGUGAUAUGAUGUUAUAGGACUUUCAGCUCUUCAUUUGCUUUGUACAUGUUUGGCUUAAUGUCGAACACUGUAAGCAACGAUGUGGCUUUGGAAGGAUUUGGAUAAUUGAUGAUACUUCUAGUAACGACAGCAAAAUAUAUUCUUAUUAUUAAUGUGCUGUUUAUGUGGUGCUAAUUAGUGUACUUGAGUGAACUUUUGGGGAUCUAGGCUUAAACAUAAAGUGUUGCCAAAUAGCCGAGGCUUGCUUAAAGUUGGAGAAAAUACCUUAUUGUAACAUUUACUGAAUGAAUCUAUGUCUAUGCAUAUGUUAACAAUAGUGCUGGCCUUAGGAUCUGUUGGGACUGAAACAAAUGUGUGGAAAGCUUGAGGACACAAAUCUUUUCCGUCAAAUCUGACAUUGACAUCAGGGGUGUGUUCAGUACGUCACAUAGUGGUCUUCAACGUUUAAUUCAACGGAAAUGGUACUGUACUGAACGACCAGUUGAAGAAUAGUGUAUGGUGUGUGUGCUGCCUAAACCAGAUCUUUUCCAUGAUAAGGCCAGACCUUGCUCGACAUUGCGGUGUCAGGUUUGUCCUGCGUCUUGUGAGAUUGUACGGUGUGUGUGGUGUGCUGCACGAGUUUUGCGAUUUAAAAUGGUCACACACAUAUUGACCGGCCCACACUUAUAUUGAUCAGGCUACACCCAUAUUGAUCAGGCCGCACCCAUAUCGAUCAGGCCACACCCAUAUAGAUCAGGCCACACCCAUAUUGAUCAGGCCACACCCAUAUUGAUCAGGCCACACCCAUAUUGACCGGCCCACACCCAUAUUGAUCAGGCCACACCCAUAUUGAUCAGGCCACACCCAUAUUGAUCAGCCCACACCCAUAUUGAUCAGCCCACACCCAUAUUGAUCAGGCCACACCCAUAUUGAUCAGUUCACACCCAUAUUGAUCAGGCCACACCCAUAUUGAUCAGGCCACACCCAUAUUGAUCAGCCCACACCCAUCAAACGGGAGCAAACAUACCUCAAAGGCUGUUACGGGAACGCUGUGCAUCCCUUGGGGGGAAAUGGAAUUCAGUAGCAAACGUUGAAUCGAACUGAAUGCAUCCCAGUUACGCGCACAGAUCUCUCCAAGUUAGGAUUUGGAUCUAAGUGUCUUCAGGAGGGUUUCUAAAGGGAAAUUAUCCUCCAUUUUAAAUCACAUGAUCUGUAUCGAUAUUUCAAAAUGUGUUUCAAAAUCACUAAAGGGACAUUAUUUAGUCAUAUAGUAAACUAUCAUCCAUAUUUCCGUCAAAUAGUUAGUACAGUAUGGCCGACCUUGGUUGUGUACACCAGGAUGAGCCCACGGCUGUCUUGUAUGUUAAAGUCAAUGUGAGAACGACAACAUCUGAACAGCAAGCUGCUUCACUAGAACAAUCUGCUGUACAUCCUAUUCACACAACGAUGACCGUUUCUAGUGUAUCACUCCACGGCCCUCUACUUGAAUAGAGAUAAUGUAGAACUAAGAAACACUGUACAUGUUUACACUGAAGUACUGCUGCACUGGUAUGGGUUGGCUCCGGGGUGAAGUAUCCCCUAGGUACUGUUCUAGGACCCUAGAUCAGCGUCUAGGGGCAACUUCACCCUACUCUGGUUCCCAUGAGCCCUCAGUCUAGGCGUCACAUGGUGCAAAAAAAUACUGCUUGGUUUACACCUUCUGUCAUUGGCUGAAAACAAGUUGAAGUUGAGUGUCGUUGAAUUGAAUUAAAAUUGACAUUUUAUAGCACUGUAAGGCCGUCUCAUUUUUUAAUGGCUUCCUACAUACCUGUGUGUCACGUUGUCUCGUAAUGUCUUGCGGUUGUGUAGGAGAAAAAACUGCCUGCAUAUCAUGUUCCUGAGAAAAUAAUAAAAUAGAUUCUCCAUUA